AUGGCACAGAAAGGAACGCGGAUAGGACCGCUGCCUGGGGGUCGCCGGGGCGCGUCUGGAGCUGGCACUGGACGCGACAGCAUGCGGGCCGCCAGCCGAGCGCGAGGAGCUGCACGAUCACCUAGCAGCCCCUCGCAUCCAUCAUCCCCACCAGAAGGCUUGGUGUCGGCUGGGUCUUCUCGGACCCAGCAAGCGGCACCCGCCGCUGGUGGAGCACGUCGCAUGCGUUGGACAAAAUCCAUGAACGAAAACGCAUUGCGGGCGUACUAUAGGGCGAAAGGGGAAGAAACUGUGGGAAUAGCGUAUAGGUCUCGGAUGCAUUGCUUUUUUGCUGAGCUGGAGCCGUCUAUCUCCGUCACGGAACAAAACCUGGCAGACCGAGUUCGGUACAUGAUGCGCUCGAAAAUAUUUGAUGAUGCCGAACUCGAACGACUACGACGUGAGGCUAUUCCGUCGUCGAAUGAAUCGGCUAUGGCUGGAGAUGCAGCUCCACAUUCGACAGACCAGCAUCCACACGUGGAAGCCACCAUGGAUCUUCCAGUUGUGGUUGAUUCGAUCGACGAUGAAAUAGUCUCCCACGAACUAGAACAAAUGAGGAGUAUAUUGGAAGAGGCGAUUUUGGAAACGCGCAGCAAGCGAAAUCGGGCUGUCGUGAGGGCUCUUAACCCAAUGCUGGUGACCUAUUUGGAAGCCAGCUGGGACCUUUGCGAGACGGACUCCAUUCUCUUUGAAGCCGCAGUGGCAGUUUGCCGUAUUAUUGGCGCCAAACUUCCCAUGGCUGGACGCGCUACUACACAAAGAAGUAGCGCCAUCCCAGCCUGGAGAACAAGAAUUGAAGAACGUAUCGCAAAGGCUAGGCCCCCUCAUCGGCAGACUGAUAUGUUUCAGGUCAGGCAAUACCAGGCCAAGGAUUGUGCGCACCGUCAGGAUGGCGUUUGCUGGGACAAGUGUUAG